GACAGUCACCCCGCCUUUUCACCUCUCCCUCCAUUCCAUCUUCAUCCUCCACUCUUUGAGCUUCAUAGAAGACUUUACAUACUUCUACAUCGACCCCACUGCUCAUCAUGCCUCAGAUCACCGAAAUCUUCUUCGAUUGCGACAACACCCUCGUCCUCUCGGAGGAAUUGGCCUUUGAAGCCUGCGCCGACCUCGCCAAUGAGAUCCUGGAGAAGCACGAAAUUCCGGACCGGUACACCGGUGACCAGCUCAUCCAGGACUUCGUCGGCCAGAACUUCCGCGGCAUGAUGGUCUCCCUGCAGGCUAAGUACAAGUUCGAGAUGACCAAGGAGGAGCUGGAGGGUUACGUUAAGGAGGAGGAGGACCGCGUGAUCGCCAAGCUGGAGGCCAAGGCCCAGCCCUGCGUCGGGGUCAUGCCAGAGCUGGAGAAGCUGUACGAGUCCAAGAAGUACGGUCUCGCCGUGGUGUCGUCGUCCGCGCUGCGUCGUGUCAAGGCCUCCAUCAAGAAGGUCGGACAGGAGAAGUUCUUCGAGGAGGAUGCGGUGUACAGCGCGGCCACUUCUCUCCCCACCCCGACCUCCAAGCCCGAUCCUGCUAUCUAUCUGCACGCCCUCAAGGAGCGCAACAAGAAGCCCGAGGAGGUCGUCGCCAUUGAGGACAGCAAGUCGGGCUCCCUGAGCGCCAUCCGCGCCGGCAUCCCAGUCAUUGGCUAUGUUGGCAGCUACAACGGUGAUGCGAAGCAGCAGGAGAUGGCCAAGGUUCUCACUGACCUGGGUGUCAAGGUGAUCAUGAAGGAUUGGAGUGAAUUCGAGGACUGCCUGGCUCAGAUUGAGCGUGCCUAGACGAAUCGCUGUUGCGACUUACUUAGUUUCCAGUAUUUUCCUGGGUCUUGACAUGAUGUUAUGAUAGCGAAAGCAUUGUAUUUUCAUAUUCCCCCUUUACGAAUUUAAUCAUGCUUUCUCCAAUUUCUUGUCGAUAAGAGGCUUGUCGCAGCAAAUGAGGUGUUUGUUCUCUGUCUUGUGGACGGUGAUUGUCGGUUUUCGUGCCACAGCAUGUUUCCUCAGUUAUACAGAGGCUCUAUAGACUUGAGCCCAUCGGUAAUACACAUGAUAGUUCCAGAC